AUGGCCGGAAUCAGCAUAUUCCAGCAGGUGUCUAAGGCCAGAAACGGCGUGGGCGCCUUUGUCCAUCCAUGCCGUAAAAUUAUCAUCACCUAUUGCAACUUCGGUGGCUCGUCGAAAGGCACCAGAGACUUCCUCAGAUUGAGACUCAAAACGUUUGCCCAGCAAUAUCCACAAAUCCAUUUCCAUAUAUUGCACAAACCAGGAUUCCACCCCGUGCUCCGAGCACAGUACACAGACGGGCUGGAAAAACAGAUAUGCGUCCGCAAGUGGAACGUUGACGUUGUCGAAAACAAGCUGAAGCUGCUUAUCAACUCCAGCGGAAGAAAACUGUCCAAGCCUAAAGAGUUCGUCAAGUCACUCAACAAGUCGGUCAGAGGUAUUUGGUCUCCAUUCCAUGUGGACCCAUCGCAAAGAUACAAAGUUUGA